AAAAGUCGAUUCCAAAGUGAUCUGGACCAAAUCUCCGUCUUCUGGCUCCAAGAUCUGAUCACAAGUCCAUCCACCCAUUUGUGUCGUCAAGAGCAUGCCCCCCACAACGGAUCUCUCUGGCCAAGAGACAGAUGUCGUCGCGCCCAUCCCCAUCGAUGUUCGAAGCGUCCUCGGCUCGAUCGUCACCAGUCUUGCUGAUAUCGGCAUCAAGCCCAGGAUCGAGACGCCGGAGCUGACGGUGUUUCUCGUACCUCCGAAGCAGGCCAACUUUGUCCUCGAAAAGAUCAUACAGCACGGCUCGCGGCCCACGAUCCUCAACUUUGCUUUCCCCGUCGCCUCGGUCACCUUCCAGCAGGGAGUCCGCCCACCAUCCGAGCCACCCGCGCUUCUGCAACUUGGGUUCACCGAGAGCUUUGCUGUGCUCGUGCAAAUGGACAAGACCCAGAUGCGAUCGUUUCCACGGCUAAAGUCGUUUAUGCAAGGAAUCCACGUCACCAAAGUCGGAACAAAUCUCGCCAGUGUCGCAGGCAUUCUGCAGAGUCACUUUGGGAUCUCGAUUACCAGCACACUGGAUCUGACCAAUGUGGCCGCAUCGCUUGGCUUUACCAACCCGAGUCGGCAACAGCUUGCUCGCGAAUUACUUGCAUUGAGUCCGCAACUCAAUGAGGGCUACGAUUGGGAUACGGGCCUGUCCGGUAUCGACAACGAGACAGUAGCCGCUGCCGGAUUAGAUGCAGUCUUACCGACACGCCUCUUCAGCAAGCUCGUACAUCCGCCCGCACGGAUUCCCUCGUUAGAUGAACUUCCAUCACGACCAAAGAUCAAGAGCGGAUUCCACAAGCUCAUGAAAGAGCACUAUACCAACGACAAGCUUCGACAAAGACGAGAUGACAAACACAUUACAAAUCCCAGUUCGUCUCCUGGUCCCAGCUCUGCUGCAGACAGCUCUGUCGACAGUACCCACGCUGUCGUGGUGCCUUGCCAAAACGAUCAACAAGAUGCUAUCGAUGACUCAUCUCGUAAAUCAAAGAGACCCUCGGAGAGCGAUGCCAGCAACAGCAGUGGUGGAAAAGCCAGUGAUGGCAAUGCAGGCCAUACCUCGACCGGGGAUGCUCCGGUAUCAAAGAAGAAGAAGAAGAAGAAAUCGGCUGGCAAGUCCAACAACCCCGACGGUGAUAAGGAUGAUGUCGCCGUCCUGUCAGAGCUCACUGCAACGACCAAGUCCAAAUCCAGCACCCACGACGUCGCAGAACCGAAGCCGAAGCGCAAAAGCAAAACCAAGAAUGCCCAAACACUGUCAGCAGCAUAACGCCUUGUUGGCGAUGUGAGUGGAGCAAGAUGACUAAUUGGCUAUCAAUAUCGAAAUAGAUUGGAUGGUGCGAA